AGAGCAUACACACGCAAUAUGUGUAGUGUACUCUAUGUAGAUCAACCCUCUCCAGAGAUAGGCAGCCGGUUGCUCGAAAUUAUUUGGGUCAGUUAUUGCCAAAGACCCGGACAGUUUUUUUCCCACAAUACAUUAACUGAAGAUAUCACUCGUAGUUCAUUAGUCAAUCGACAGCAGUCCUUAUACUCCGACCUGCUACUGUCCGACAGUCAAACAGUUCAGAAAAUCGUAAUAAAUCCCACCCGCAAACAUCGGUAGUCUGACUAUAUUCGUGCGUGCCUGCAUUAAAAAAGUAAAACAACAAUUUCCGUGUGAUAGGUGAUCGAUCUGCAACUAAUAACAAAAAAUGAGCAGCAUAAAUGAAUUUAAAAUGGAAAACAACAGUGAGCUCUUACUCAAAUUCGGCUCACUCAUCAAGGAAUCCGACAUUAAUUUCCAGAUACCCGAUGAACUGAUGCUGUGUUUUAUUUACGCGCGCAAACGCGAAGUGCAACGCGCCAUGAAGCUGUUAAAGAAUUAUUUGAGAGUGAUGAAAAACUAUCCGGAGCUUUUUACUGAUUUGCGGGGUGAACGCGUGAAACACGUUUUAGAUUUGGGCCAUCUUCUGGCGUCUCCCAUUCGCGAUCAAAACGGAUCCCGUGUCUUCAUAAUAAAUGCCCGUAAUUGGGAUAUUCGUCGUUGCAGUUUAGAGGACGUCUACAGUGCUGUUGUGUUCUGUUUUCAAAGGAUGGUGUCUGAAAUGGAAACUCAGUCAAAAGGAGUAGUGGGCAUCAUGGAUUUCCAAGAUUUCGCACUUCACCAAAUAAGACACUUCACGCCAUCUUUCGUUAAGAAAGUGGCCGAUCUCAUACAGGACGUGUUUCCCAUUCGUUUGAAAGGAAUUCAUAUCGUGAAUGAACCUCGGAUCAUAAAGAUUCUUGUGGCUAUGAUAUGGCCUUUCUUAUCAAACAAAAUUCGUAAUCGGCUGUUUUUUCAUGGUUCGUGCUUCACAACAUUGCAUCAUCACGUUGAUCCCUCUUGUCUACCAAGCAAUUACGACGGUUGUUUGGGACCGAUGAGUUCUAUGCAUUUCUCCAGCGUAUUCUUUGAAGAGGAUUACUACUCCAAUAUAUUCGAAUGUUUCAAUUAAAAAUAAGCUUGCUGCUUAAUACAUUAAAUUCUAUUACAAAAGUAAAAAUUAAUAUAUUUGGUUAAAAUCACG